AUGCGCGAAAACAAUGCGCAGGGAUUAUCAAAUUUCCCGCCAAAAUGUUCAUCCUUUGUUCUCCAGCAGGGCAACAUGGCGAUCAUUGCAGGCGAGGUGAGAUCUUCUUUAUUUUCCCCCUUUUAUCGUUUGCUGGUAGCUUAUAUGAAUGGCUUUUAAUCAUUUGAUGUUCACGCUCAAAGUCUGUAUUGUAAUCGCAGAGCACUUUAGAAUGGGAGAUAUUAUUGAUCAAGUCGUUUUGAGCUCCACAUGCUUGAAUCGCCAACGCACAGUCGCCGUGUAAAUUGACGCUUCAAAAAUCCCUUGAAUGAAAGUUUGAGCUCUCUGUGUUUAUUUUCGAUUUUUAAUGCGAAAUUCAUAGCGAAGAUGGCAGACGAAAUGUACAGCAGGUGACCGUUCUAAAACAGUAAAUUUCAUCGCGGUUGCUGAUUUCAACACGAAGCUGGUUUUGCGCCAUCUUGCUUGCCUUCUCGUUUUACAGUACACGCUUUGGCCGGUGGCCGAAGGCUUUUUAAAAUUUUCAGGUCGUGUGACUGAAAAAAAAAGUGAAAGCUUCAUCAUAAUUCCUUUACGAUUUGUACGUAGUUUACUAUAUUUUAUAUCAUGGAUGUAACAACAAGCAGUGAGUGUGAUAGAAAACAGUGUGAAUUGGAAACUUGUUCAUCAAUGUAUGCGACCUUUAAUCUUACCCUUGAAGGGUUGCUUGUACUAGGAGAGGCUGCUCUCUGGGAACUAAAUGACCAGGUCUAGGACGCAUUUUUUUGACAGAAGAUUGUUCUGAACUAUUUCUGACAAUUAAUUAGUCUUUUAGUUUGUCCAAUGAGUUUUGUUACAAUACCGUAAAAUUCCGAAAAUAAGCCCCAGGGCUUAUAUUUUUCAAAGGCCCUUUUUGACGGGCUUAUUUUUGGAGGGGCUUAUAUUCGGAGGGGCUUAUCUACGGAGGCAAAUUUGCAUUUCGAAAUCGAUUGGGCUAGUCGUAUAGUUAGAAGUAAAUUUACCGUUUUUGCUUUGUUUUGCUUUGUAUUUGAGGGCAAUUUUCCAAGUACAAGGCCCUGAGGGGCUUAUAUUUGGAGGGGUGAUUUAACAGAGGGUUUUUGCGUUACUGGAUUGGGGGGCUUAUAUUUGGAGGGGCUUAUAUAUGGAGGGGCUUAUUUUCGGAAUUUUACGGCAUGUUUUUAUUGGCUAUUGUAGAAUUGUACAGUCAAACCAUGUUAAUACGGACACUGAGGAGCGCCAUAGAAUGUGUCCAUCUUAACUGGGUGUCCAUAUUAAGCAGAUUGAAUGUAGAGAAAAUAUAAGGGCUAGGGACAAGGAAAACUGUCCAUAUAAGGAGGUGUCGUCCAUAUUAAGCGGGUGUCUGUAAACCGGGGUUUGACUGUAAAUUAUUGUCAGAGACAAAAGCAGAUGUAUCUUUGGAAAGCAUAUAUAUUUUUUCUUUUUAAUUUUGCAAACACACAAACAAUUAAUAAGUAGUUUCUUAGAAAUCGAUUUUGCGAUAAAUAUUAGCGAUAAAAAAUCACGACGUUUCGACCUCUCCGAGGUCAUUUUCAAGUGUAUAAAAGUUCUCUAAAUUAGCAUAGAUAAGUUAAAAGCAAGUUAUAAUAGAUAAAAAUGUGGUGAACGCUAAAAUGUGAUAAAAUAUGUAAAAAUGUAAAAAGUGCUAAAAAAAUAUUUAUAAAGUCAAAAAACAAUGGAAAUAAAACAAUGUUAACAAGAACUACUCUAAACAAAUAAUUUGGCGCGAAUUGAAUCGCACUGUUUGUUAACUUUUAUACACUUGAAAAUGACCUCGGAGAGGUCGAAACGUCGUGAUUUUUUAUCGCUAAUAUUUAUCGCAAAAACACAAACAAUUACAAUACAUUACAUUUACAAUUCAUUACAGGUAACUGUAAUGGAAAGCAUAUUUUAGUCAGAAUUAUUACAUGAUAUAAAGUUAUUUAUUUCCUUUGCAUAAAACAAUGUUUAGUAUUAAAUGAAAAAAAAAAGUAUUUUAAAAGUGAAAAUAUGCUGAAUAAUUUUAAAUUUAAAUCUUAUAGUACUUGUUAGUAAAACAUGAUUUGUUUAGUCAUGGAAAACCCUGGACAGUCUGGAAUUUGUUAUUUUUAAGUGCAGGUUAGGGAAAGUUAUGAAAAUUAGUAAUGCUCCUGGUAGAAAACCAUUGAUGAAGCAUGCUGUUUUUGCCUCAGAGGUGAAAAAAGGUCUAAAAUAGUUUUGAAAAGAAAUGCUUCGAAAGGUUGUGGAAAGGUUUGAAAUUUUAACCCUUUCAUUUGUAAAAGUGGCUGAAAUGAAAAUUCUCCCUAAACUCCAAAUUUCAUUUUUGUAAAAUCUUUGAAAACAAAUAGGCAUAAUACCAUGCAAAAAUCCUGUGAAAUGGUUGUGUAUGAAUGUUAAUAACAUAGGAUUGUGCCAACCAACUGGACGGUCAGAAUGACAAACCCUUUCACAGUAGCUUGGUUUUAUUAAAAGUGUAUAAACCCAGUUAAAAGGGUCUUCUAAGUUGGAACAAUUUAAAGCAAGGCGCAUCAAGGCUGUGCUCUAAGGAAAAUUUCAGGGAGCCCUUCGGGCUCCCAAGCAUUUAAGUCCCCCAGACCUCAAAGUUGGUCGCCUGAAUAAAAAUUUCGCGGAGCCCUUCGGGCUCCCAAGCAUUCCAGCUGGGGUGCCCAGGCCUCUCAAGUUGGUUGCCCGAGUACAUCUGAUGAGGAAGUAUUUUGAACGCACGCAAAUCUUACUCAUCUGCUGAUCACCAAACUCGGUAAUUUUAGCUUUUGGGUUCGACAAAAACCCGCUUGUUGUCUUAUGAAAGCCAUCAAAGUUUUCGUACCAUUCAGAUUUAAAACCAGAAACGUGAGCAAUGCCGCCGAAUUGUUAAGGUUUUAAAGAGAGAAAAGUAAAAAAUUUCAGCAGGUUUACGUAAACUUCAUUAAGAUCUUUGGGUCAAACAUAGGAAAACUGUGCUUUUUACCAGUAAUACUAAACUUGAAAAUAAAUUUUCAAAAGGUCAAUCAAUGCGGCAUGAAAUAUAAUGUGACGGAGUUUUAUAUGCAGUUGAUCGAACUCAAGUUCCUGUGAAAAAUACUGUGAAACAGUGAAACCGCCACUGCCCCAAACCUAUUGUUUUAAUAAAAAAUAAGUCAUAUUUAAUUUUCUUUUCUAUAUUAUCAGUGAAUCUUUUAGGAUAAUUGAGCUUUUCAUGGAUACGGUCGAAGCGUAAACCAGCUCUUCUUUCCGUGUUUUUAUUUCAUUUUUUUGGCCGCUAAAUUUAUCCUGCAUGCGAAUUUAGUUUUCGAUACGUAAAAUGCCAAGACAACGUGGAACUGCCCUGUUUCUAAAACAACAAUAAAAACGAUCAGAACGAUCACAUCUUUUCUUUUUAUAUUUCGUUAUCUUAUCUAAAGGGAAGAAAACAAUCAUAAGUUAUGUUUUAGCCGAGCAGACACAGCAGCCAAAAACCGUAAAAACAUAUUUGCAUACUGGUCAAUACAGCAACUUCCGUUUUAUACAAAAAUAAAUUACUCCGCGUCGCCUGCCGCGCUUUACGUCUGUCAGAAAAGUAUUGACAGUUUCUCCUAAAAACUGUACCUAAUGAACCAUUCUAUCUGAAAGAAAAAAUUUUAAAACUUUUCUACGCAGCAGUACAAAUGGAAAUCCUCGCCGCUUGUCACGUUUAAAGUGAUGAAUUAUGUUACGUGUGAAAUCAUGCAGAACGACCUUUGAACAUCGACGUGCGCCCGUUUCUUUCGUACAACAUUCGUAAAAACAUUUUCUGUAGGGUUUAGCCAUAGUUAGUAGCUAACUAUGGUUUAGCUAAACUCUGACUCAACAAGCCAACACCAGUAUGUUAAAUUUUUCUUCCUGCUUAACUGAACACUGCAUCAGAAGCAAGAGUGCCCGGCCGGGCGACCGGGAACUUUUUUUCAGUCGCCCAAAGCUAAAUGUUAGUCGCCUCAGGCGACCAGGCGCCGUUAGAGCACAGCCUUGUGCAUGGUAGCUGUGAUUUUCAAUCACCUGAAAAGUCUAGACAGUGAUUAAACUCAGAUUUUUUUAUAUAAAUCUUGGGUGGCUUUGUCCCGAGGCAGACUCUAAUAUGAGAAAGAUGGAAUGCUUGUUGGAAAAUUCGAAAAAAAAAACUGUAAAGGAGACCAAUCUGGGUAUGACUCAGGCUUUAUUUGACCCCUAAUGGAGACCUUAGCCCAACACAGGAUGAUAUGGCAUUUGUUAUUUAGGAAUUACCCAUGGCAAUACCCUUAUGGGUAAAAUAUUGGCUUUCCAUCCGGAUCACCGUAAAUGGGACAAAAAUCUGCAAUAAUUAUUUCUCGCUCUUGGAGACAAGACAGGACGAGCAUCCACAUCAUUUGCCUGUGGGAGUCCUUUCCCAUUUUAAUCUUUACAUUAUAUUUAAAUUAUUUUUUUUGGAGAAGUAACCCUUUGGGCUAUUGGGCUUAAAUAUUUUGCCAACCAAAUUAUAAAGUUUAUUAUCCAAGAAUCUGAUCUUGAAAUAACAAUAUUUUGACCAUUGAAAGUAGUGCUAAUAAAUGGGGCAAACUAAUGGAUGGAUGGAUUGGUUCAAAAUGAAAUAUAUGGAAGAUUUAAUGCUCAUUUACAGUUUCCUUUCAAUUACAUUACACGAGGGUGGGAAAUUCACCAUAAAUUCUGCAAAACGUUGUUUGUUUAGACUCACCAAACUGCAACCAGGUGAAUGCCUUUUUUGAUAUUUAGUGGAAAGUUCUUUCUUUCUUCAUACACCCUCUUUCCGAGAGCCUUCUGCAGUGUUUGAAACUGUACUUCUUCUUUGUUGUUUUUCUUGAUCUUCCAAUUCCUCUUCACAAAAAGUUUAAGCGGUGACCUUUUCCUGAAAAAAACUAUCCAAGCAUCUCUGUAUCUGAUCUGUGUAAUAAACAGGUUGCAUGGAUGAGCCACUUGCAAAUGAUAUAUUAAGGCUGUGUACAGAUCUCCCCAUCCAACAAAAGUCUGGUUACCUUGAGUUCUUGGAAAUGCACAUUUUGCGUGUUGUUGGAUGAUGCUGUAAGGAUAUCUUUUAGAACAAUAAAUUGAAUGAAAUAGAACACAAUUUUAUUCAAAAAGGAAAUGUGCAAGAUUUUCAAUGACAGAAAUUUUUACCGUGUCAGGGUUAGUUGGCUAAUUUUAAGUAACUGAAUGUUAGCAACAACUAACCAUUGUUAACAGGUUACUGUUAAUUUCAAGUCCUGAAUUGUUUCCUUCACAAUUCAUACCUCUUUUAAAACCUUGUUUGGCUAAAUUUCACUUCAGCUCUCCAUGCACUGUAGUCCAGCAAGACUGCUAAGUGAACCAGAUGUUAUCCUGCCAGUUAAGUACCUGUUUGAAAGUGACCCUGAGCUAUCCAAACAAGAGGUGAGUCUGACUCCUAUUCUCCCAUGAGUACCAUUGCCUUUUGCAGAUGUUGAGAGUGGAGUGCAGGUGAAAAAUAGAGCGAGCGAAACUGAGGGGAGAUUUGGGAGAGUGAUGAAGGCAUGACUGUAGAACUUAUUCAGAAGAGAAGCUGUAAUGCCGUUUUCUCCAAUCUGUCCUUGCUUCCUUUUUUGCUCAUUUUUUUGUCACCAGUGAUCCACUAUCUGAAUGCCUGGAAUGGCUGUGAGUACCCAAAAUACUGAUGGAAAUUGGUAAAAGGCUGUUAAUUUAAGCUUCUUUCAUCUGAGAAAUGCAAGAAAUGGCACAAGAAGUCUUGCAAACUUAAACUAUGAGUAUAUUCGCCAUUUUCCACAUCUGCCAUAAAACACCUUGUAUGUCCCACCCAAAAAUGUUUUUUAUAACAUAUGUUUUUAAAUUCUUCUGAUUAUCAUUCUUCCCAAGAGAAAUUGAAGGCAAAGGUUACUUAAAAUUUGGGAUGCCAAACAAUGUGUAUUAUGGAAAGAUAGGCAAAUGGUGAAUGCAAGAACUUAUGAAAAGACUAUCAACAAAAUAACAGUCAGUCAUUGACACCUUUGAUACCACUUGAGAACUAAACCUGUGCAAGGAAACCUGAACCAUUCUAUGUUUUCAAAGAUCAGCUUUCCUUCUCCACAGUAAAUGAGCUAAUAUUGACUACUCAGCCCGCCAAUUUCAAGGAAAACACCCUAAGGAAUAUUCUGUUCAUUUCCAUUGCUAUCCAAUCCUGCUAACUACCCUAGAAAAACUCCAUGCCAUCUGCAUUGUUAUCCAACCCUGCUCAACACCCCAAGCAAAAUUCCAUUCCAGCUGCAUUCUUUAUCCAAUCCUGCGUGACAACCCAAGAAAAAUCCAUUCCACUGGCAUUGUUAUCCAGUCCUGGCAACAUCCCAAGGACAAUUCCAUUCUACCUGCAUUCUUUGUCCAAUUCUGUGUGACACUCCAUGAAAAAUUCCAUUCCAACUGCCUUGUUAUUUAAUCCUGCUCUACUUUCUAAGGAAAAUAUUCCAUUCCACUUGCCUUGUAAUCUAGUUCUGCUCUACAUGUACACUCCAAGGAAGAUUUCAUUCCUCUUGGAUUGAUAUCUUAUCCGCUCUCCAUUCCACCUGCAUUGUUAUCCACUCCUGCAGCAAGGCUUCAUUUCUUCUGUUAUCCAGUGGUGCUCUGCAUUGGUUUCUCUGCAAAAGGCCAAUGAACGGCUAGUUACAGAUUCACUGUGAUGUAUUUCAGAGGUGGAAUACAUCUCAUUGGCUCAGGGUUUUCCUUAGCCCAUCAGACAGCACUUCCUCAAAAGAUUGUCAUCUGGUAUACUGCAUUAAAUAUUCCAGUGGUCCAUGUCAGUUAUCUUGGAAGGUGUUGAUGAGUACAAGAUCAUUAUCUAUGAACAACUGCAACAUGAUUUUUGCAUUCAGGUUAUUUUGUUUCAACUCCCGUGUGCUCACAUUGGACAUUUAGUGGUGUGCAAUUCAAGGUGCUGUGAGUCGAAUUUCUGAUAUUGAGUGGGUGCAUGCUGAUCCAGAAAAGACAACAGCCUUUGACCCAAUUUGAAUUUUUCUGCAAAAAUAUUAUAGCGUUGUUUCCAGGGGUUGGAAAGUAUGGUAACCAGUUGAAUGAAUUUGUCUAACUAUGUCACAAGGAAACUAUGUGCUCACUGGAAAGACGUGCAGCAAAUGGCCAAUCAGUAGGUCAAAUAGAUUCCACCUCAGAGUGAUGUGUGUGACCCUACUGCUGCACUCUCAUUUACCCGUUACAUCAAAAUGCAUUGAAAUAUAGACUUUUUCAGGAUCUAUAAACUCUGAAAUUAUAUAUUAUUAGACUGAGAGAAACUACAAACAGCAAAAAAUAUAUAUUAUUUGAAACAAAAAAGUUGACUCUAGGGAUCCUUGUCAUAUCUGCAGGAUAUCAAAGUACCCUAUAAGGACAGUCUGCAAAUGAACGUUGAUGAAGGUGAAUUCAUUGACAUUGUCAUAUGUGAGGUGAGGGCACUUGUUUGUACAAUUACUCUCAAUUGUCAUUAACUUAGUAUUGUAAAAGUAAUGUGCUCUGGAAGUUUGACUUAGAGCUUUGUGUCUCAACAGUGACACAAGUCAUACUACAUUUUGUGUACUGCAGUAUUUUAUAGCUUGUUCUGCGGCAGUUUUGCCAGAAAUACCUUGGACGCCGCCCUCUGUUGACUACGUUUUGAUUUAUUGACACUCUAAUAAUGAGGAAAAUGGGAGCCUCAAAUACUAGCAAUCUCUUGGUAUGCAUGAAAGAUUGGGCAACAUGGACAACCAGGUGUUUAACUCAGCCGAGACCACCGUGGUGAUGAUGAUAAUCAUGCUGCUGCUGAUGAUGAUGUAUUUACUUUAAUGAGUUCAAUAAUCUUUUGGCUUUCCAACUCUUAAUCAGGGGAUGUGAAAUAUUUUAUUUACAAGAAAACUCUUCCUUCGUGAGCUGUGAAAAAGGAAAGCAAAGCAGUUUUCAUUUUUGCCCUGACCCUUUGAAACAGUGACUGCAUCUUUGAAAGUGUUUUUGUCCCAUAAUAGGGAAGUGCUUUCAGAAAGGCAGCAGGUAUGCUUUUUACAUGUAUAUUAAUUUUAUUUUGGUGACUUUGGAACCUUUAGGAUAAAACAAGUGAUCAUUCAGAUGAUACUAUUGACGGGGGUUACAUUACAGGAAAGAGUUCACCAGAUCCUGAGUUUUGUCAGGUAACAUGCCACUUAUAAAAUUUUGUGUAUCAUACAUUCAACAGAAUAUAUAGUUAUUGUUUUCCUUAAUCCAUUGUAAGGCCUGGAAUGAGUCGGAAAGACUACUUUUUUUAUCUUUGAAACGAUUAGGAAAUUCAAGAUGGUUGUACAAAGUUCAAUGAUGACCAUGAAUUUUGCAUCACUGAAAAGAGUGCACCUUGUCUUGAUUCUUGCAAGGUAAGAUGGUAUUUUUAAAUUUUGUAUAAAUUAGAGGGUGUUUGAUUGCUUUAAAUAAAAUUGAGUGAGCUUCAAAUGUAAGGCAUUGCUGGCUGGUUCUAACACUUCAACACAUUUGCCCUAGAGAAGGAAAAUUUGAGGCAGGGUGCAAAGCAAGUCAGUUUUACAGCUUGAGGCAACAUGUACUAGCUACCCCAAGAGUCAUUUUAACUAGCCCCAAUUUUUUUUUGUUUUGGAUGAGCAGGCUUGAUUAAAGUUCUUCUGUAAGUUGAAUUCCCUAUAAUAACUUCACUUGUCUCUCUGGCAAGUUAAGAACAGAAUUCACUAGCCCCAUAGCAAAAUCCAUUAGCCCUGGUCUAUUGGACACAACUUUCCUUGCACGCUGUUGAGGUUGGCUUGUUCAAAGGGUAAGUACAUGUGAAAAUUUUGUUUCAAGCCCUAGAGAUCCAUCCAGUGCAUAUAAAGUCAUCAGUUUGAUUCCCAUCAGGGAUUUUGAAUUUUCUGAUAUUCCCUUUUUUCUUUUUCUUCUAUGGGCUUUAAAUUUUCUAUAAGACUUAAUUCUGUUACAUCCAAAAAAAUCAUUUCCUUGAUUUUUCUCAUGCACUCAUUUCACAAAUGAUGCCACCACCUAAACUGAACAGUUUUGUGAAUUUUCUUCAUUGUGCAAGUACAUUUGUCCUUGAAAAUACUGUACCUGACUAUUGAAUAUUCUUAAUUCACUUCUAGGAAAGGGAUGGACCAAUAAGGGAUUGUUCUCCCAACGUUAUAGUAACUACUCCAAAUUCCUCUGAGGUAAUGAACUGUCAUGGAAUAUAAUCAAUUGCCUUAGUUUCUUCUGUAAAGAAUUUUUGGAGACCAUUUAUAAUAGGGAAAUGGAGACUCUGGUAAUUUCUUAUCACACUUUUCUAUGCUUCAAACGCAAUUCAUUUUCCUUAGAUUUCUACCAAAACAGGUAUUAGUAUCGUUUGGUCCCUUUUUAGUUUUCUUGGAAAAACAGAAUUUUUGCUUGAGACAAUUCAGAAUGGUUUAUGAUGUGGAAAAUCUGCUAAACAAUAGUGUCUUUCUACCAGACUUUGGCUUGAUGUGUGCUUUUGAUCUUGAGUAAACCAGAGCCCAGUAUAGCUGUAGAUGUGUAUGACGAGGAGAGUUCUUUUGAGUGAUUAGACCCGAAAACUAACACUUUCCUUCUCUUUUUAAAGGACAUUGUAGAGACUCCAUUGCCACCUAAAGUUGUAAGUGGCUCACUCAAACGAAAGUCAGAAAUGAAGGAACUCAAAAUUCCUUUGAAGGUAAGGUAAUAAUUUUGUUAGAGUAAUUUCAGCUUGUGGAUCAUAUGGAAAACUAAUCUUUUCUCCAAGAGGAUUUGUUUACAUAAUUAGUAACGAAUUUAACUCCAUUUCACUUUUGAAUCUGGAUAUCACAAAGUUGUUGUCUCAUAAAGGACCUUGAUGCUGCAGACCCCUGUCUCUUUCAGAUUUUGAUACUAUGCUGGAACCAGUAGGGUGUAGAAUCACAUUCUUGGCCAAGGGGGUCCUAUCUUCACCCAUAACAAAGUUAAAGAAAUUUCAAUCAAGGAGGAUACAACCACUUAUUAUCACUUGCCCAUGACUUUGCAAGGACACUAAACAGACCAGUUGCCCACUUCUGCCUCUUCUCAAGCAUGACCCAAAUCUACAUCACCAACAUUGCGACUAAUGCUUCAGCAUUUGUGAAAACUAAGUCUUAAAAACCAGCUUCAUAGGAGCUGGGGAUUUGCAAGCAAAUCUUAUGCUAGACAAUCCUUUGGUCAUGAGAUUGUGACCGAAAACUGAAGAAAAACAGUGUUUCACUUCUUUUUGCCAACCUUGUGAGAGCAGAUUUUAUUACUUGGAAACGUUUCAGUGUUGAUUCUUUCCUUCUGGUUUUCUUUCAUGUUAGCCAGUUUUUGUUCUUUUUUCUCAUGUCUCCCUGGGUUCCUGACUUCCUGCCUUAAUGAUAAUUCUAAGCAUUAAUUCAAUAACAUCGUUGUUCCCCUUCUAAAUUCAUGCAAGAUCAUUAGCAACCUUUUGUUCUUUUGCAUUCUGUUUAUUCCCAGAAACUGAGAGUCACUACAAAUUGUGUUAAUAAGAAACUGGAACUUGAAGAAGAUGAGUACAUCUGUAAGUUAUGAACAGUCAUUGUUUCUUUUGAUAGUGAAACACAAAUUUGUUGGCAAUAUUAUGAAAUGCAACUUUGUUGAUGGGCUUAUCACUUUCUCUCAUAAAGGAGGCUGACACUAAUACCAUUCCAAAUCGAAAUUACUGGUUUGAAAGUCUAACAAACACACUGACAACAGGUUCCCUCCAUAACUGGGCACAAAGCUCAGUCAAGUGUGAUUACAAAAAGGAAUAUAACUCUUUGAUUUAAAAUACCACCAGAUGCCCAUUUAAUUUAGGUGAACAUUUUGGCCCUCUGUUAUCUGUUAUUGGAGGUCAGUAAUCAACAACGUACCACCCACUGGCACUAAGUUAAAAAAAAACUUCCAGAGUGGUCAGUGUUUUUCAGGUCACUUGGAGAAUUACCUAUGGCACUUGCUCUGGACAUGUUUGUACGUAUUCAAAGCAAGUCAUUUACUGAAAUAGAGAAGGUAGUAAGUUAAACGCUGAUAAUUGCAAGUAAAACUCCGACGUUUCGGCCAUGCUGCCAUAUGGGAGUUCGUUAUGGCGUAAAAUUUGAAAAUGCGCGCGUAAAAACAAGCGAGUGUGCGCGCACGCAAGUCACGUGAAAGAGAAAUCUUGAUUGAGUCCACCCGGCGCGAGGGUGCCAAAAUUAUGAAUAGAGUGUUUUCACAUGACGUCACGGCGGCCAUAUUGGUGUCCCAAAACAAUAAAACGGCGGCCAUGUUGGUGUCCCUAACCAAUCCUCUGGGAGUUGAACUCUUUUCUUAUGCAAACGUUUUCUUUUGUUCCAAUAAAUUUCCAUAAAUGCUGGCCACGUGAGUGAAAACACUCUAUAAAGCGCAUCUCCUUGCGUCUUCUUUUGUCUUGUUCGGGUAGACCAGCUCUAAUCACGGCUACUUGCAUGUCCUCCAGCUGGUGGUCCAUUCCCACAAAAUGGGCAGGCACCGGCAGGGCCACUUUCUUCUUAAUGACGUCCAAACGGUGCUCCCGAAAACGGUCGCCAAUUCCACAGCCUGUCUCUCCUAUGUAAACGAUCCCAGGGCAUUUGCGGCACGAAAUACAAUAGAUCAGCUGGCUGGAGAUGCACGUAAAAAACCCUGAGAUUUUGAUCUGCCCUUGUGUAGUGGUAAUUCGGUCAGAGGAGUUAAUGAAGGGACAGGUCCCGCAGUCACGUCUAUUACCAGGAAAAGUGCCUAUCUGACGUUGGAGAACCUGCGGUAAGGAACUAUGAACGAGAAGAUCUUUCAGGUUUUUAGAGCGACGGAAGGCUUUAAGCGGCGGUUUGUCAAAUGUGACCUUGGUGCUGUCGUCAUCCCGUAGAAUUUCGCAGUAGGAUAUUACAGACGGCGAUGUUCUUGGGAUGGUAUGUAAUGACCAGUGGGGGUCGGUCGGCCGCCGUGGCUGGUGACUAGUAGGUCAGCCCUCUGUCUUUCUUCCUCUCGGAGACGUGCUCUUGUAAUUAGGUCAUGGGGGUUGCCACGUGCAGCAAAAAAGUCCUCCAUGGUUGUGGCCUCACUUUGAAAAACGUCGUCCUAACAGCAGAUCUUUCACAGCCGGAGAAACUGACUAUGUGGUAUGGACGAUUCAGUUACACUUGAACGGAUGCGACGACCCGAAGUUCAGAUAUGAGUGGCUGUCAGUGUCUUUGUAAUAAAUAGAUGUCGAUAUGCGGUCGUCACGGGGUGUCAUAUAAAUGUCGUGGAACGGGAGUUUGUCAGAUGAGAUGGACCACUUGUGGACAAGCUUGGGAUGGUACUUCGAAGCAAAAUCAAGAAACUGCUGUAGGUCUUGUUCACUGCCCGAGGCUGCGCCCGCUACGUCGUCCAUGUAUCUCUUAUACAAAUCAGGCUUCCUACCAGUGUAUUCGGCUAGCAUCCUCUCUUCGACAUAGCCAACGAAGACACAUGCGUAGUUUGGCCCUAAUCUGCUACCCAUGGCCACGCUGCCUACUUGCUUGUAAUAUUCGUCUUUGAACUCAAAUGUGUUGAGGGUCAGCACCAAUUCAGCCAUGCGAACAAGAGUAUCAGUUGGUGGGUCUUUGACCUUCCUCUUGUCUAGGAAAUAUUCCAGCGACACCAGACCUUCAUCGUUGGUAAUGACUGUAUACAGUGAUUUGAUGUCCAUUUUGAACACCAAACGCUGCCCCCCCGUCAUUGCUGAAACGAAAAGAGUCUAUUAUGUUCAGCAUAUGGGUGGUGUCUUUCACGUAACUCUCCAGGCCGCGCACGAAGGGAGCUGUUACCUUGUCGAGAUAUAAAGCUAAUUUCUCUGUAGGACAUGCGCAAGCAGAGACAGUUGGCCGCCCAGGGUUGCCAGGUUUGUGUAUCUUAGGCAACAAAUAAAAUUUAGAAGUACGAGGACAUUCAACAACAAGGCUAGUUGCUGAUGGUGGAAGUUGUUUGGCCUCCAUAGCCUGCUGUAUAAAUGAGCGGACCAAAACCUGGUGUUCCCCGGUAGCAUCCUCGGCUAUUUGGUGGUAAAACCGUUCGUCCGAUAGCUUUUUUUAAAGCCUCAGCCAAGUAGAGGUCUUUACUCCAAACUACAAAAGCCCCACCUUUGUCGCAGGUCGGAAUAUAACGUCAGUUCUACUUCGCAGUCUCCGUGAGGCCUCUUGUUCUCCCGGAGUAAGGUUGCACCGCGUAUGUUUUCGUUUGAAGUCUAGUUUGUUUCCUUCCCUGCGACAUUUGUCAAUAUAGUGGUCCAAGGCUGAGAAUUGACCUUGUUGAGGAGUCCACUUACUCCGCUUGGGUUUUAAGGAUUCGAAAAUAUCAUCAUUGGGUCUGCUUGGUUGGUCAGUUUCGUUAAAAGAGUCACCAUUAGGACCAAAGGAAACACCAUCACAGCGGUGUGAAAGAUUGUCAUUCGUGACUUCACUUGGGGCAUCACUACCGGUCGUAACUCUGGAUGAGUCCUCAGUGAGAAGCGCUUUAAGGUGUAGGCGGCUGAAAAGUUUCUCAGUAUCUUCUUAAGAAGUGAAUUCAUCCGUGGUGGGUGUUGUGGGUAUAGAAUUUGUCCCCUUUGCCAGCAGAGAUCUUUCGUCCUCAUCCAAAGGAAGAUCGUCAGGUAUUCCAACGACCAAUCUAUCUGUGCUGUAGCUGUUGUCUUGUAAAACGGUAUUCAUAGUUUGUGUCUUACGUGUAUAACGAGCUGGUUGGGUUGUUGCUUAACGUGAGAACUUUUCCUCUUUGAUGGCAGAUAUUUGAUCAUAUAAACGUCUAUUAAGUCUUUGAAUCGAAUACGUUAAACGUGAAUAUGAUCUAGCAUUGCAAAGUGAGGUAAGGUCAUUACGACAAUUCUGAAUGUCAACAGAGAGAUUGUAGCAAAGAUGUUUUAUUGAUGUUAUCGUCAGACGCAUAAGACGGCAAGAAGAACUCGCAUAUUUUCCCUAAUGAAGGCAGCAUUGCCGAAACGUCGGAGUUUUAUUUGCAAUUAUCAGCGUUUAACUCACCACCUUCCCACUUUUAACACACACAAACGCUAAGCAGAAACCCCCUUUAUAUGUACUGAAACAGAACCUUGCCAUGGUUGUUUUGGACUUGAGCAUGGCCUUGCAGGCCCAUUUCGCAUGCAACCAAAAACAAACCAAUUCUUGAUAAUAACAUAUUUUCUUGCAGUCUGUAGCAAAUGCGACAAACUGCAAAUAGGUGCUUGCUCAAUUCACUGUGCUCUACAAUGGAUGAAGGAGAGUUCAGAUGUUGUUAUAUCAGAAGGGUUGACAAAAGCAAGAGCUACAAUUCCCAAAAACAUGGAAUUGAAAUCUUCUAGUAUUCCAGGUAAAAGCUUGCUUUUAGUCUUGUCUUUGUUGGCUUAUAUGCAUUAAAUCUAAAAUGCAGUGCAUUUUGAGAGUGGCUCAAUGUCAGAUGAAAUCUAACUUGUGGUCUGAGACGACAACUGGAACAGGCUCUCACAACAUUCAGAAAGAGGCUUUCCUUUUGAUGGUGAAAAAUUACAGAUUAUUCACAGAAGAAAACCUCAGCGUAUUGUAUACCCGACGUUACCGUUUCUGUUCUAGAAUGCGCAUUAACCUGUCAAGUGUGCUCGAAACAGAACUGUUAAUCAUUAUCUGGUUCGUUUUUUAGAUGCUGGCCUGGGAAUUUUUGCCUUGGAGAGGUUUGAAAGUGAUGUAGUGUUUGGCCCUUAUUGGGGUGAAAAGAUAGACGUGGCAAAUGUAACACCUAACAUGGAUCAGGGCUACAUGUGGGAUGUAAGAGGCUUAUUAUUGUCGUUAAAGUUGUCCCUUCAUGCGAAAGUUCAUUUUCCCGCUAGAUGCACCUUUCCAUGAUAUUUGUCACAACCGUAAACCUCUCAUUUUGGACAUUUCCUUGAUGAUGAAGGCUAUUUUACGUCAUGUUAUGAUAUCGCGGUCGGUUAGUGAAAACCAGAAGACACCAAAACCGGUAGUUCAUUGAAUGCACGAAUAUAAUUUCUUACUGUUUUCACACCACGGUUUAAAGUGUGUAAAAAUAUAGGGAAGCAUACGAUCCACUAGCCUAGUACUAUCCGUCACUACAGGUACCUCCUAUAAGCACCUUUGUAUCGAGAGAGACAGCAAUUCAAUGGGCCUUUUUUCUUGUUUCCAAUCUACUAGCCGUGUUUCUCUGUUAAAGAGAAUAAUGAUUUUUUUGGUAGAAGGUGAUAUCCUUUUUUGGUUUACAGCUGUACAUCAAUACUGUUUAAUACUUUUAAUACUUUUACUUUUAAUACUUUAAUACUGUCUAAUACUUUUCCCUUCUUUAUUUACAGAUAAUUGAACAUGGGCGUGUCACCCAUGUUGUUGAUGCUCGGGACGAGAGUCACAGUAAUUGGCUGCGUUUCGUCAACUGUGCUCGCAAUGAAGAUGAACAAAAUCUAGUGGCUUUUCAGUAUAGAGGUGAUAUUUACUACCGCGCGUACAAGGUGAUCGAACCGGGUAUGGAGCUCCUUGUGUGGUAUGGAGAUAGAUACGCCUGUGACUUGGAUAUCCUGAACAAAGAAAAGAAACCCGCAGGUCUGUGUCUGAGAAAAGUUAAUGUUAAUAACCAAAUGAAAGAUCAGCAAGUUGGCGUAAUGGGCUUAACUCUGUUGCUAUUAAAUUUCUGCAAACCAUGCGUUAAACGACGUCAAAAUUUGCUCAUUACUCAUAGAUUUUGUCUUUUUUCUGCACAUGAAAGGCUUACCUCUACUGACUGUAAACGUGAACAGGCAUUGGCGCAUGCUUUGCUAGUUUAAGGCUGGCUUGACAGUGACUGCAUGUCCAAACUGAAGCUUUUUUAAAAAAACAUCACUCUCAUUACUCUCCAACCUAACGUUUAUUAUCACAUUUACAUCACUGCUGAUUUGCCAACUAUAUACUUCCCAGUACUAGGAUUUAUGCUGCAUGUUCGCUACGUGAACGCUAUUUAAAGGCCUUCCCCGCGUAUCUUCUGUGCCUUAUCGGUAGAGCAUGGAGGCACGUAAUCAGAGGGCCAGGAGAUCGGUUCCAUACCUGUCGGCCUAGGCAUAAUCCUAACAGUAACUUAAGAACACCUUUCUUACGUUUUAGAUGGUCCUGUACAAUGUCAGAAGUGUUUCAUGAUCUGCUCAGGGCCUAGUUCGCUGGCCAGUCACAACAAAUUCCGUUGCCAGAUGAGCAGUGAACAUCACCUUUGGCGCUGCAUGCACUGUGACAGAAGCUUCAAGACACCAAGUUCGCUUCAUUUUCACAAGAACAUUCAUAAAGGCAUAAAACCUUUCUCAUGUAAACUUUGUGGUGCGGUUUUCUCGUUCCCUGCGUCCCGAAAAAGGCACUACGCCCAACAGCACGGGCAGUGGGAGGCUUUCAGUUGCAAGCCAUGUGACAAAGUUUUUGCAAAUAAGAAUGCCCUCGACGCACACGAAAAGAAUUAUCAUAAUCAAGGUGAUUACAAAUGCCAAGCCUGUGGCCAGUGUUUUACCUCUGGGAUUAGUUUAUCCAACCACAAAAGAGCACAUGAAAGAUCAGAAGCGCAGAAUGUUUGUUCGAUUUGCAAGAAGAGAUUCGCUCAUUCCUCCACCCUUGCGAAGCACUUGCGAGAGAAGCACCCAAGGGUAAAGAUUUAUAGAUGUGGAAAAUGUGGAAAGUUUUGUUCAGAUAAACGCCGCUUAGCACUACACUUUGCCGUCAAGCACUCGACAAAACAUGGCAACAGAUUUUUCUCCAGUGAUGACCGCCAGGCAGGACCCUUACGUGGGAAUUCGUCGGUGAAACAGAAAAGCGCGGUGAAAUGCGAAUUUUGCUUGAAAGCUUUUCCUACUCUAGCUCUUAUGAAUCGUCAUAAAGGUGCCCAUUUUAGAACGAAAAAUCCAACAUUGCCCGUUGCUACUUAUGACCAUCACGCGGUGCCAUCAAGUGAAAGUCGUGACAUUAACGGGCACAGAAGUAAGGAACUAAAAUGUAAAAUGGGAUACUUUGCUUGCAACGUCUGCGGCAAGUCAUUUCGAAAGAAGCUGUCUUUAAACGCACACAAAGCUUCCCAUUCUAGAACGAGGCGUCCAGCAUUGUCCACUGCUACUUAUGUCAAACCCACAGUGUCAUCAAGUGAAAGUCGUGCAAUUAACGGGCAUAACAGUAAAGACCUACGAAAAUGUAAAAUGGGGAAAUUUGCUUGCAACGUCUGCGGCAAGUCAUUUCAAAAUAAGCUGUCUUUAAAGGCACACAGAGCUUGCCAUUCUAGAACGAGACAUCCAACAUUGCCCGCUGCAACUCAUGUCCAACCCACAGUGCCAUCAAGUGAAAGUCGUGACAUUAACGGGCACAACAGUCAAACCCUAAAACGUAAAAUGGGAAAAUUUGCUUGCAACGUCUGCGGCAAGUCAUUUCAAAAGAAGCCGUCUUUAAACGCACACAAGAGCCAUCACAGUUUUAAACGGAGAAAAUCUCCAUUGAGUGAUUCUCGCAGUGGCAUUCAUUUACGAAAGUGCAUCAGAACAUUUAGUUGUAACCAGUGCACUAAGUCAUUCCUCACGGAGAGAUCACUGCGAUCACACAAGUCCCACCACAGUAGAUUCAAUAACACAUCACCAGAUCCUGCCAUUGAAGAACAGAAUGGUGUUAGAGGAUUGAACACCCGCAAGGAACCCCUUCUGACAAGUUCCUUGUUGAGAAAACAAUCAAACGCGAGUACUUUUCCAACGAGUAAACCAAGAGUAUUCAUAUGUGGGGUUUGUGGAAAGAAAUUUCAUGACAAAAAAAAUCUUCAUCGUCACAAGGGACAUCAUUCCAGGGGAAGUUCUAUCCUCAAUCCAAAGUUGUCAAACACUUACGAAUGCAGUACUUGCUUGGAGUUUUUUCACUCGAGAAGUUCCCUCAAAUGUCACAAGAAUCGUUUGCACGAAGCAGUAGAUCCUGAAUCCUUUGUCUGUCCUUUCUGUGACUUGAGAUUUUCAUCCAGGGAAGAUCUUUGGAUGCAUAAGCAAGACCUACACAGCACGGCAGACCCAUUCACUUGUAUCCGCUGUGAUGGUCGGUUUGGAACAAAACGCACUCGUGAUCGUCAUGUAUGCCCUGGAAAGGAAAACCGCGACAAGGAGAGCUCGGUGAAACAAAAGACAACUGUCGAGUCGAAGCCAGCUCUUGAUUCAGGUCGUCAAGAAACUCAUGAAUGUAAGACAUGCUUACAGACGUUUCCAUCCACACGCUCCUUGAGUAACCACAAGCGUUCUCAUGCGGGUGUAACUAGUCCUUGUGUAUGUUCCAUCUGUCACAAGGGGCUUUCCUCUAAAAGGAGUUUGCUGAGACACAAACAAAGUCAACACAGUUCGACCAAUCUUUUUGUUGAAAACAAAUUACGUUCCAUAGGUGAAGGCAUUAAACAUAACAGCAACAGUGAAAUGAACACGUGUUGCAAAACAACAGAGCGUUUCAGUAGCGCCGAAGCAUUUUCCGGUACUCUCGAUUGUAUAGAGCACAGUGCCUCGAAGCAAGGCGUUGGACAAUCGUCAAAGAAAACGGCUUCGCCACCCAAGAAAACUCAACCAUCAAGAAAUAACGUCCAUGUUUACAACGAACAAAGCUUGGAGCUAAACGGAGAAGGCGCCGUGGGCUUAUGGAAUUGCCUUUACUGUGAAAAGCAAUUUAAAAGUGACAGUGUCUUGCGAAGACACUCCAGGGAACAACACGGUACGACAAAAUGGAUAGAGUACGAAAAGGAGGCUGCCCAAUCUUUCAGGUGCCCGUAUUGUGACGAAGAAUUUAAAAGUCUCUCUGGAAAACAUCAGCACGUUAAGGAAAAGCACCACACUUGUAACUAUCCACCUUUUUCGUCUGGAAGCCAAAGCACUGGUCCACAUUUUAGCCCAUAUAGCAAAGAAUAUCCAGCAAAGAUGCCAUUUAGCAGGGAUACUAGCCCACCAAUGAAUUCAAGCAAAACAACAACGAAGGGAGCAUUCAAAUGUCAAUAUUGCGUCAAAGGUUUCUUCAACGCAAGUAGUCGCUACAAACACAUCGAGAUUGUUCACAGUGGCCGGUUUGGAACAAAACGCACUCGUGAUCGUCAUGGAUGCCCAGGAAAGAAAAACAGCGACAGGGAGAGCUCGGUGAAACAAAAGACAACUGUCGAGUCGAAGCCAGCUCUUGAUUCAGGUGGUCAAGAAACUCAUGAAUGUAAGACAUGCCUACAGACGUUUCCAUCCACACGCUCCUUGAGUAACCACAAGCGUUCUCAUGCGGGUGUAACUAGUCCUUGUGUAUGUUCCAUCUGUCACAAGGGGCUUUCCUCUAAAAGGAGUUUGCUGAGACACAAGCAAAGUCAACACAGUUCAACCAAUCUUUUUGUUGAAGACAAAUUACGUUCCAUAGGUGAAGGCAUUAAACAUAACAGCAACAGUGAAAUGAACACGUGUUGCAAAACAACAGAGCGUUUCAGUAGCGCCGAAGCAUUUUCCGGUACUCGCGAUUGUAUACAGCUCCGUGCCUCGAAGCAAGGCGUUGAAGAAUCGUCACAGAAAACGACCUCGCCACCCAAGAAAACUCAACCGUCAAGAAAUAACGAACAAAGCUUGGAGCCAAACGGAGAAGGCACCGUGGGCUUAUGGAAUUGCCUUUACUGUGAAAAGCAAUUUAAAAGUGACAGUGGCUUGCGAAGACACUCCAGGGAAAAACACGGUAGGAAAAAGUGGAUAGAGUAUGAAAAGGAGGCUGCCCGAUCUUUCAAACGCUCGUAUUGUGACGAAGAAUUAAAAAGUCUCACUGGAAAACAGAUGAUGUCUCCUGCCGAAGAGAUGGGGUCAAAAUCUUCUGAUCAAUCGCUAGAACUGGAAAAUGCCAUUGGCCAGACCGUUGAGAGUGACGUCCCUUUUGGCUGCUUUAGGCCGGGUUCAACCUCUGCUUCACAGCCAUUCACUAAACUGAAAGCAUUUCAGUGCGAUUACUGUUCAAAGAGGUUCCAUACGUGCAGUGUAAUGUACAAACACUACCUUCUUGUUCAUUCCAGGUUUGGUAAUUUGGGAGAACAUGAUUUUGUUCGACCAAUGGGGUGCCCGACGAAGAAGCCAUCGCACCCGCCAGUACCCAUCUCUACGGCUACGAUAAACCCAAAGGAUAGUGUCCUAGUUUCACAAGGCUAUGCAGGUGGUCUGGGACAUAGUCCUCUUCAUGUCAACUUCACAGAUUUAGUAUCUACUACUGAGGAAGACAUGGAUUCGUUUGCAUGCAGAAUUUGUGCCAAGCUCUUCCAGACCAAAAGUGACUGGGCCGCUCACGUCAAUGACGAACACAAUGGUGUUGAACCAGUGCCAUGUGGGAUCUGUAAUCCUUCAAGACCAGUUUUAAGACCAAUUUCGGUUUCUUUCCAAAACAAUAGCGUGCGACUACCGAGAAAGAGAGGAGUCACUUGCAGAGAAAUCAACAAUGACAAACAAGUGUGUGCGAAGAACAUGACCACACCCAAUCACGUCGUGUGUCGUCCCACAAUGCCGGCGAUCACUAACACGUUGCAAUGCGACAUUUGUUUUCUCUUUUUCAGUAGAAAAGACUGUGUUUCACGUCAUAAGAAGAGCAAGCAUUGCGAUGACACACCAUUUCAAUGUAAUAAUUGCGGGUAUGCUUCCAAGAGAAAUGACUAUAUGGUAUAUCAUAAAUGCGACAGAAGAAAUUAA